AUGUCUUCGCACAAGCUCGACCCCUACACCUCCAAGGCUGAGAACGACAACCUCACCCCUCAGGAGAAGAUCGACGGGCUCCACCACAUCGUCAAGGGCGUCAAGACAGGCAUGCUGACCACUCGUUCAGAAUCUGGUCAGCUGCACUCCCGCGCCAUGGCCCCCGUCAGCUUCUCAUCCCCACACCAAGUCGCACUCGUUUUCCUCGCCAACCGUGUCAGCCACAAGUUCGAUGAAAUCCAGCACGACGCCCAUGUCAACGUCUCCUUCUGCGACCCGAGCACCACCAACUGGGCCUCGUUCGCCGGCACAGCCAAGAUUUCUCAGGACCGCGAGAAGAUCAAGCAGCACUGGAACCCGAUGACGGCCGCCUGGUUUGGCGACCUCGGCGACGGCACGCACAAGGGCGACCACACCGACCCGCGCGUCGCGGUCAUCGAAGUCAUCCCGGACGAGAUCCGCUACUGGACGGCGACGCGCGGCGCCGUCGGCCGCGCGGUUGACGUCGCGGUGAGCGCUGCCACGGGAAAGACUGCCACUCCGGGUGAACUUCGCAUGAUCACCAAGGACGAGAUCGAGCUCGUCCAGGGUUUGACGACGAAGACAUCAUGA